AUGGCCGCCGCGCUCGCCGUCUUGCUUCUCGCCUGCUCUGGCGCCGUCGCUGUCGCCAGGGCGCAGGACACCGAGCGGAUCGAAGGAAGUGCUGGUGAUGUGCUCGAAGAUGAUCCCGUUGGGAGGCUCAAGGUGUAUGUCUACGAGUUGCCGACCAAGUACAACAAGAAGAUGGUGGCUAAAGAUUCUCGGUGUCUCAGCCACAUGUUUGCUGCAGAGAUCUUCAUGCACCGCUUCCUGUUGUCUAGUGCGAUCAGGACUUUAAAUCCAGAAGAAGCUGAUUGGUUCUAUACCCCAGUAUACACCACAUGUGAUCUCACACCAUGGGGUCAUCCCUUGCCCUUCAAGUCUCCACGAAUAAUGAGAAGCGCGAUUCAGUUCAUUUCCAAUCGUUGGCCAUACUGGAACAGGACAGAGGGAGCAGAUCACUUCUUUGUUGUGCCACAUGACUUUGGUGCAUGCUUCCAUUACCAGGAAGAGAAGGCUAUCGAGCGAGGAGUCCUUCCAUUGCUUCGCCGUGCUACCCUAGUCCAGACUUUUGGGCAGAAGGAUCAUGUCUGCUUAAAGGAAGGCUCCGUCACCAUCCCGCCAUAUGCUCCUCCUCAGAAGAUGAAAACCCACCUUGUUCCCCCAGGAACCCCUAGGUCGAUCUUUGUCUAUUUCCGCGGUUUAUUCUAUGACACUGCAAAUGAUCCUGAGGGUGGUUACUAUGCAAGGGGUGCCCGUGCAUCAGUAUGGGAGAACUUCAAGAACAACCCACUCUUCGACAUCUCAACAGACCACCCACCAACCUACUAUGAGGACAUGCAGCGUGCCGUCUUCUGCCUGUGCCCACUGGGCUGGGCCCCAUGGAGCCCCCGUUUGGUGGAGGCGGUGGUGUUCGGCUGCAUCCCAGUGAUCAUCGCCGACGACAUCGUCCUUCCCUUUGCGGAUGCGAUCCCAUGGGAGGAGAUUGGUGUCUUUGUGGCUGAGGACGACGUCCCGAAGCUGGACACCAUCCUGACAUCCAUACCGAUGGAGGUGAUCCUCCGGAAGCAGAGGCUCCUCGCGAAUCCAUCCAUGAAGCAGGCCAUGCUGUUCCCGCAGCCUGCCCAGCCCGGGGACGCCUUCCACCAGAUCCUGAACGGGCUGGCGCGGAAGCUGCCGCACGGCGAGGGCGUGUUCCUGAAGCCCGGGCAGAAGGUGCUGAACUGGACCGAAGGCCCCCCGUGGCGACCUGAAGCCGUGCAAGCAAAAGAUUUCGCCGAGAUGUUUGGGAUUGAUCCGCCGCUGGUACUUCCAUUCUUUCGGUACAGGAGUGAGGAAGCAAAAAGCCCUCUCGCCAUCCACAACUUCUCAAGAUGGGGUACAGGAGAAGGAAGGAAUACAGUGAAAUGGAGACAGCUGAUUCGGCAACAGCGGAAGUCGCUCCCCAUUGCGUCAGUGGAGAAGAGGCUAGUUGAGGAGGUGAGGAAGAACGACACACUGAUCAUUGUUGGCGAGACUGGGAGUGGCAAAACUACUCAGCUUCCACAAUUUUUGUACGAUGGUGGGUUUUGUCAGGAUGGUAAAGUCAUUGGCAUCACUCAGCCUCGGAGAGUUGCAGCUGUUACAGUAGCAAAGCGUGUAGCGGAGGAAUGCAAUGACCAGCUUGGCAAAAAGGUUGGAUACUCAAUCAGAUUUGAUGACUCCACAUCCAAUGCAACAAGGAUUAAGUACAUGACUGAUGGUUUGCUUCUGAGGGAAGCACUUUUGGAUCCACUCUUGUCUAAGUACAGUGUUAUAAUUGUUGAUGAGGCUCAUGAAAGAACAGUUCAUACUGAUGUCUUGUUGGGUUUGCUGAAAAAAGUGCAACAUUCCCGAGCUAAUGCCAAUAAAAAUGGGAAGACUUUGCCUGAUGUACAGGGCCAUUCUCAAAAUUUAACUCUUAAGGAAUGCCAGGGAAUAAGAUGUGCUCCUCUAAAGCUGAUAAUUAUGUCUGCUAGUUUGGAUGCUAAGUGUUUUUCUGAUUAUUUUGGUGGUGCUAAAGCUGUACAUAUUCAAGGUCGGCAAUAUCCGGUCGACAUACUAUAUACUUAUCAGCCCGAGUCGGAUUAUAUGGAUGCCACACUAGUUACUAUCUUUCAGAUCCAUUUGGAGGAAGGGCCUGGAGACAUUCUCGCAUUUCUAACUGGCCAAGAGGAGAUUGAAUCACUGGAGAGACUUAUUCAUGAGCGUGCUCGUUUAUUUCCACCAGAAAGAAGUAAGAUAUGGGUUACACCUAUAUAUUCAUCUCUCCCAUCAGAACAGCAAAUGAAUGCUUUUAAGCCAGCACCAGCUGGAACCCGCAAGGUAGUUCUAGCUACAAAUAUUGCUGAGACGUCAGUAACAAUACCUGGCAUCAAAUAUGUCAUAGAUCCUGGGAUGGUAAAAGCUCGUGCUUACAAUCCUGUGACCGGAAUGGAAUCACUAAUUAUCAUCCCAGUCUCUAAAGCACAGGCUCUUCAAAGGAGUGGUCGUGCUGGACGUGAGGGACCAGGGAAGUGCUUCCGAUUGUUCCAAGAAAGUGAGUUUGAUAAACUGGUGGAUUCUACUGUGCCUGAGAUCAAGCGGUGUAACCUCUCAAAUGUUGUUCUGCAACUCAAGGCUCUUGGAAUUGAUGACAUCAUAGGUUUCGAUUUUAUGGAGAAACCAUCAAGGACUGCUAUUUUGAAAUCACUGGAGCAGUUGAUCUUACUAGGGGCUCUGACUGAUGAUUAUAAGCUCUCAGAUCCAGUUGGUCAUCAGAUGGCUAGGCUGCCUUUGGAUCCAAUGUACUCCAAGGCAUUAAUAGUAUCAAGCAAAUUCAAGUGCUUGGAAGAAAUGCUCAUUGUUGUAUCUAUGCUUUCAGUGGAAUCAAUUUUCUUCUCCGUGCGUGAGAAGUUAGAAGAGGCAAGAGCUGCCAGGAAAGGUUUCGAAAGCUCCGAAGGAGACCAUAUCACAUUGGUAAAUGUCUAUCGAGCAGCUGCAGAAUGCUUGGAGAAGAGCAGAAAUGCAAAUGCCAAAGAGAAAACAAUGGAAAAGGCUUUGAACAGGUGGUGCAGGGAAAACUUUAUCAAUUACCGUUCUCUAAGACAUGCUCGCGAUGUUCACAGUCAAAUUCAGGGCCAUGCCCAACAAAUGGGACUGAACCUAUCAUCAUGUGGAGAUGACAUGGUUCUGUUUCGGAGAUGCCUUACCUCUGCUUUCUUCCUGAAUGCGGCGAUGCGACAGCCAGAUGGAUCAUACAGGGCCCUUGCAACUGGCCAGAGCGUGCAGAUCCACCCUUCAUCCGUGCUUUUCAGGACCAAGCCCGACUGUGUCAUCUUCAACGAGCUAGUUCGGACAACACAGAAUUAUGUCAAGAACCUGACCCGUAUUGACCCCUUGUGGCUGGCUGAGCUCGCCCCGCAGUACUACGCUACCGAGGAGUAA